AUUGGUAGUGUGUAGGCGCCGCGCGCAGUUCAGUUUUCUCGUCGACCUCGUGUGCUCAGCGUCGUCGCCUCUGACCAUAUAUGUACACCGACUGGAGUAACGCGAUCCGGAGAUAAAAAUAGCGACUUGGCCGCGUCGCUGCCUCCUAGACGCUACGGGCGGCACUGCCACUGCCAUCGCCAUCACGUCGAUGCGUCAACGUCAACAUGUGUAAUCAGUGCAAAGUGAGGUUAUGUGCGAGUGUAUUGUUGUUGUUGUUUACUUGUGAUGUUCGCGGGUUCAAUGUGGAUACAGAGGGGUUUGUCAAACAUUCGGGCGAACCUGGAUCUAUGUUUGGAUUCAGUGUGGCUGAACAUAAGGAACGAGGAUCGAAUUGGCUGCUUAUAGGAGCACCAGAAGCACAAACGCCUCAGCCUGGAGUCAAGAGGGGUGGUGCUGUCUAUAGAUGUGACAUUACUAGGGAUGAUUACUGUCAACAGAUACCCUUCGAUAGAACUGGCAACAACAACAACUCCGAAUACUCCCAAUUGGACUCCAAGUCUUACCAAUGGUUUGGAGCGACAGUUCGGAGCUCGGGAGAAGAUGGAGUCAUCGUGGCUUGUGCUCCCCGCUAUGUGUGGUACUCUACCCAACUCAAUCGUCGAGACCCUGUAGGCACCUGCUACGUGGCGAAAAACCAGAUGACUGACUUUGCUGAGUUCUCCCCCUGUCGGACCCGUAACUGGGGAUACCACAGACAAGGUUCCUGUCAGGCGGGUCUGGGGGCCUCAAUAUCCAAGGAUGGGAAGCGAUUGUUCAUCGGAGGAGUCGGCAGUUGGUACUGGCAGGGUCAAGUCCAUUCUUGCGAUGCUUACGCCAGACUUCCCCGUCCAUUGCCGCCCCGCUACGCCAUAAUGAACGAGGAAGGACAAAUUUUCUCACAAAACCUCUACUCAAGGCCUGACGUCAUCUCUAGCAACGAGGGACCAGCGGCAGACGAUGACUCUUACCUCGGAUACUCUGUAGCCUCGGGAGACUUCAGUGGCGGGGGAGCGGGGCAGAAUGAUGUUGCUGUGGGGAUGCCCAGGGGAGCGGGUCUACUUGGCAAGAUUGUUCUGUACACAUGGAACUUGACCAACAUGCAGAACAUAACCGGUGAACAGCUCGGAGCGUACUUCGGCUACUCUCUGGCCUCAGUGGAUAUGGACGGAGAUAAACUGGACGACCUGGUCAUCGGAGCUCCGUUGUACACAGACCUCAGCAACAACGAGGGUGAUUACGAGACCGGUAGAAUCUACGUUGUCUACCAGGGGCAGGGGGAACAAAAGUUUCGCUCGAUGAAUACAAGAGAUGGUGUCAACUCUAAAGCAAGAUUUGGUCUAGCACUGGCUUCUCUUGGGGAUAUCAACAAAGAUGGUUAUGGAGACAUUGCGGUCGGAGCCCCCUAUGACGGGCCGCAGGAGCGUGGCGCAGUAUACAUCUAUCAUGGAUCGGCCACGGGGAUACGAGAGAAGCCGUCACAGGUUAUUCAAACAUCAGAUCUUGGUCUGCCUCUCACCACCUUUGGCUUUUCACUGUCUGGAGGCGUAGACAUGGAUGAGAACCAAUACCCGGACCUCAUUGUGGGGGCUUACGAGUCCGACACGGCGGUGUUCCUUAAGGCUCGUCCAGUGGUGAAGAUGAUGUCUUCGGUAUCAUUCCUGUCGGAACAGAAACAGGUUGUGCUGGAGGAGACCAAUUGUACACUCAAGGAUGGGACUAGAGUAGCCUGCCUGUCUCUCAAGAUGUGCCUAGAGUACAGUGGAUUAGGAGUGGACCAGCGAUUAGAUUUCGACGUGCAGCUGAUCCUUGACUCCAAGAAACAGAAGAGUCCUCGCAUGGCUCUGCUAUCUUUGGAAGGCCACAGUGUCCACAACCAGACCAUCACCCUUGACAAGGGGCUGCAGAAAUGCCAAGAGGUCUUUGUUUACAUCAAGCCGGGUAUCAGAGACAAGCUCACAGCAUUGGAAGCAGAGAUGCGCUACAGUUUGCGUCCCGGACCAUCGCAAGGAAGUAGACGCAGAUAUCAGCGAUCUCUCACACCCGUGCUGGAUCUCAACGAACCUCUAACGCAGAAGGACAGUGUUGUCAUUCAGAAGAACUGCGGCAAAGACAACGUCUGCAUCCCCAAUCUCCGAAUAAACGCCACUCCGAAUGUGAAGCGCUACUUGCUCGGCUCCGGAGAACGACUGAGCGUUGACGUCGUCGUCAUCAACGAGGGAGAAGAUGCGUUUGAGUCUGUGUUUGACAUGAGGGUUCCUCCAGGAAUCAACUACGUCAACAUUGAGAGAUUAGACACGGAGCGCGACGUUCUGGUACAAUGUUCGGCUCCUUCAUUCAUCAACAACCACACUCUGCAUUGUGACAUUGGCAAUCCUCUACCAAAAGAGAAAACGGUGCACUUCAAAGUGUUACUGCAGCCAUUCCACAAGCCAGGCAUGAAGGCCCGCUACGAGUUUGACAUGUCUGUCAACAGUACGAACCCGGAAAACAAAACUUCAAGUGACGACAACUCUCAGCAUCUCGUUGUUCAUAUUUGGGUUGAAACCGAUCUCAUCUUGCAAGGGUCGUCUCACCCCGCCAUGGUCCACUACAACACCUCGCUGUAUAGUGAGGACAACAUCACCGAGGAGACGGACAUCGGACCACAGGUCGUACACAUCUACAGCAUCCGCAACAAAGGGCCCUCAGACAUCGUAGAGGCAGAAGUGCAUUUUCUCUGGCCAACCGCCACUCUCGCCAAUGAUUAUUUGCUUUACCUGUUAGAAGAACCUGAAUUGAAUGGUCCCAUAAAAUGUGAACUCCCACCUAAUAUAAACCCAUUGAAGUUAACGGUUGAAAGAAAAAGGAAGUCAUAUUUAGAGCUUGGAGGAAUUCAAAGUGGAUUAACCUCCUCAGGAUCAUUUACGAGCUCCUCAGAAGGUGUUCUAGUAGAAGAAUCUGGGUCUGCCUCAUCAUCAUCUAGUUCCAGUUCAAGUUCUCGUUCAUUUUCAUCCUCUGGUGGAAAUACUGUAAUAACAAGUACAUCAAGCCUCUCAGUAGAAGAAAGAAGAAGGUUGGAAGAGGCUGAGAGAAGAGAUAAAGAAGAGGCAGCUUCUGAGACCGGAGAUGGAUCAAUAAGACAUGAGCAAAGAGUACACAUGACUGGAGGAGGGCGACAGGGAAGUUCAAGUUCCAGUCAGAGCAGUUCUAGAGGUAGUUCGGCAAGCUACAGUGGGGGAACUUACAGAGGUGGACAGGAAGAGAAUACCCAGACUGGUGGUCCAGGAGUUCGCACGGAGAGUGGUUCUUACGGUGGAAGAGGAUCUCAGGGAACAUUGAUAUCUGAAAGAGGCAGAGUAGAAGUCAGCGGAGCUGGAUUGAGACCUGGUGGAGGAAACUUUGAAACGUAUAGUUCAUUUGACAAUGAUAGACGAACUGGAGGAGGUUACAGAGCUUCUCAAGAAGGCGGAAGAACAAGGCCCUCAAACAUAGAGCCAGGUGUAGGUGUUGCCGUAAACAGAGGACGUUACGGUAGUGAUGAAAGGAUUUACGGAAGCAGUCAAGGUGGUGGUUAUCGGGAGACACAAACUACCAACCAGAAUGCCGGAAACCGUAGAGUUUCAGAGGCUGAAAGUACAAUGAGAAGAAAUCAAACUAAUUUAUAUGGAGUAGAUGCAAGAACCAAUGUCCCUUUCAAUGUCGGUGGUGUUCAGAACCACACUUUCUCUCGGGAAGAGAGUACUUCUUCAAACACAACUUGGAAUUCUGAAACUGGUGGGAAACCUAUCACACGUACUUCUACAUCUUGGAGAGAAAAUGAAGACGGUGUUGUUCGUACAGGUGAGUCUUCAAAUACUUACGAAGCAACUAAUGUCAACAUUGCAGAUAUGGCUAGAGGUAGUUAUGGUGCAAGGGGGAGUGAAGAUAGAGGGUCUUACGCUGCGGGAAGUAGUGUCUCUCGACAAUACGGGUCAGAAUCUGACAGCAGUUACCGGUCAGGAGGAUCAUCCGGCACACAGUACAGAGGAAGUGAAUCAUACGGUAGGAGUGGAAGUGGGCAAAGCCAAAGUUCUUAUGGCUCUAGCUCUCAAGACUCUAGAAAUAGGUUCGAAGCAAGUGCUGGAAGUGCGAGCUCAGGUUCAACAUCGAGAUACGAUCCAAAUGCUGUCCUUACUCCAGCCUCUUCUUACGGUUACGACUCUAGGAGAACGAAUUCAGCAGCUGGGUCAUCCAGCUACGGUACAUCGAGUGGUUCAGCGUCGGGUAGUUCACAGUUCGAUGCUCUGGCGGGCAUAGCAGCAGGUCCUAGAGACGGUGUUGCAAGAACUUACACCUUCGAUGUUGCCAAUGAAAAUGAAAAGUCAUUUGGAGGGCAUGGUAGCAUCGCUGGAGUAGCAGCGGGUUCAAGAGACAAUGCGAGAACUUACUCGUACGACAACCAGGGAAGCAGAGGUAGCUCUGGACAAUACGCAAACUCUUCUGGAUAUUCCCAUCAAAGCAGCUGGUCAUCAGACGGAGGCAGACCUUACAUCUCUGGGACUUGGAGUGGUGAUAGAGACAAUGUUGAUUCCACUGGAAGGAAUGUGGGCCGCGACAAUGUUGAUUAUGACUCGGGUAGUAGACGAAGCGGAUCGUCAUGGAGAUCAUCAUCGUCAUCAAGCCGGGAGAGUAAACACAGCAGCGCUCAGUCAGCGAGGUUACGAGAACAGCCAGCAGUGGGAGACAACGUCGUGGAAGAAGAGCCUGGGUUGCAGCAGAGGUUCAAGCUGUACCCAAGGUAUCGACGUCAGACUUCACCAGAGGACGGAGCUUCUCUGGAAGAUCUCCACUGCGGCCCCGUGGCCUGCACACGCAUCCGCUGUACAGUCGGACCUCUGUCCAAGGACCAAGAGGUGUGGGUGGCCUUCCGUUCACGAGUGUGGGUCAAGACACUCAAAAAGUUUGCCGUCCACCCAGAGGUGCAGUUAAGCUCGCUUGUUGCGGGUAGAGUGACAGAACUGCCUCACAUCGGCGCACCAGACAUGAGCGCGCUACACACGCACGAGGUGUUGACAACUGUUGCUGCGCGAGACUCGGCCACGCGACCAGACGUGGUCCCAUUGUGGGUGGUCGUGCUGUCUGCGUGUGCCGGCGCUCUCAUACUCAUGCUGCUAGUCUACGCACUGUACAAGUGUGGUUUCUUCAAGCGUAACCGUCCGUCAUCAGACGUGCCAGAGAAGCAGCCUCUGAACCGCAACGGCCAUUACCAGUCGGGCGACGAGGCUUUGUGACGACAAAACUCAGCAUUCCUCGCAGACAACCGCAGUGCUGACUCCUUCCUGUAACAUGUCUAGUCCUACACAGCUGUACCAGUGUCUGUCACCUGUGGAGGGUUAAUUGUCUAAAACACUUCCUUUUCACGAAUGUGCUGCCAUCCUAAUUCGGUUUUCGUCCAGCUUAUUAUGUUUUUUGGUAAUUUAAUCUAUGAUUGAAAUCAAGUAGACAUCCAUUUCCCACGCUUAAAUUGGAUUGACAAAGUUUGCUGAUGUAACUCUUUUGUCCGUCACAUGUGCAAACUUUUAACAAAGGUACAUGUAAAGGACAACUUUAGCAGCUUUUAUGUCAUUUUCAAAUCUAAUAGUACUGUACCAAAAACUAAAGUCAAAAUUCAGAUUUUGACAAGAAUUCAUACUAUGUUAAACGGUCAUUCAACAACUUCUACUUGAAUACAGGGGGUCUAGCAGGAUGUCUACUUAAGUAUGGAAAAUUAAACAAAAUUCUGAUGUGGGUCACUUUGAGAUUCCUAGAAAAUAAUGUUUUGUUUCAAUAUUGUUAGAAUAAAAUAUUCACAACACAGAUUUAUUGAUGUGCGAUGAAAGGAACCUCUCUAUUUCCCCUCUCCACCCACAUUCUUUUAUUUGCGUAAUAGUAAUAGUUAUGUAUUUAAUGGUGGCAAUAUUGAAAGGAAGUUAAUGUCAUAGAUUCAAAGAGGCAGCUAGUACAUAAGUCAUUAUAAAAACAAAGAUGUCCUUCCUAUAAAUGUAAAUUGUACCACUAGGAAUGUACUGGUUUAAUAAAUUAUUGUAUAAAUGUUUAGUUAUGUUAUUAAUAUUUUAUUUUUUUUACUAAGGAUUAAUUUAUUUUUAACAUAAGCCUUUAUAAAUAAGAAAUGCUCUCAAGGUUAUUCACAAAAAGUUUCAUUGCUAGUCAUGAUUAAAACUGUAUGUUUUGAACAUAGAAUUUGUACCGGUAAUGUUUAUUACAUUUUGCAAAACAAUAGAACAAGACUUUUUAUUGAAAAGUCAUUCUAAAUUCUUUAUACCAAUAAUUAAUUGCAAUUUUUCUUCUUUAAAUCUUUACAGCAAAUCAAUAUAGUAUUUGAUGUAAAUCUAAUUGUUUAAAGAUGAACAACGAUAACUGAUAAAAAAUCAUGAUAAAUUGUAUACACCAGUUGGUGACGAUUUCAUUAUACAGUAUGUGUUUUUCUCUUGAAAAUGAAACCUAAGUCAUCUUUAUAUAAAGUUUUUGUGAAUAACAUUUUCCUACUUAACUCUUUAAUUUAUUAAUAUUGCUGAUGUAACAAAAUUAGCAAGAUUUAGUCGAUUUGUAACAUAGUAACAAAGACUGUAAUUAAUUGUAUAUUAACAAAAGUAUUUUAGAUAGGUUAGUAUAGGUGUAAGCUGCAUAAAUGUUGUUUUAUGUAGCGCUAUUAAGUUUUUUUACAGACUAUAGGAUUUUUAUCUGUUUAUAAUCUUUCACAGUUUAAUAUCACAUUUUCUAUUUUUGCCAAUAAGCUAUAAUUUUCAACUCUCGUAAGAGAAUCGUAACAAUCGUUUACCACUCUUACUUAUUUGCAUCUGUUGUUUUUUUACAAUAGGAUUAACAAAUUUCAGUAAUAUUUUAGUUUGAAUGCACUCUUAUCAAAAUUAUAUCCUAAGUCCCCAACGUUAUUUCAUUGUUCGUUCUUUUAAAUUAUUAAUUUUAAGGUACAGCAAUGUCGUCUUUGCUCUUAUUGUUGUUGAAACUUAUAACCAAUCAAAGUGCCAUUAUAGUAGUUAUAAGAGCAUAUUGUUCGUCUUGCCUUGCUAGAAAAAAAACCUUAAAAAUAAUAGUUUUCUUAAAAUUUUAGACGUUUGCCAUGCUGAAUGGAACUUAAAAUACAAAGAUUCUCAAACUUUUUAUAGUUAUCUAUUUUGUAAAUAAUUGUAUAGUUUUGGUAACAGAACAUGUGCCUAUAGUAUAAAAUGAGUUAUUUUGAAAGUCAAAACGUUUCUGUUUCCCAGCAUAAUGUAGAAGGAAAUGUUAUUGUAAAAAUUGUUUUCAUGUGGAUCUGAAUGAUUGUAAAUAUAAUGUGUUAUGAUUUAUAUAUAACUUGUUUCGUCAUUUUGCUACCCAUCCUUUAUCCAGC